UUUGGCACUGGCUCCGUGUGCGCACGUACAUGUACAUGUAAAGUACAUGUACAAUGCAAAAGCAUAACCUGCACUGCAUGUGUCAAUGUCCACCGUCAGAAGACUGCAGUUCUUCGUCAAUCUGUCAACGAAAUGGACGCUUGGUAACCGAAUUCCACCGACAGGACCAGGCACACGACAGUUAAGAAUGGCGGGAAAUAGCAGCACUGAUCAACUGAGAAUUCACGCUAGAAAUCGUCAAUAUGAAGGCUUUGAUAGAGAGCACGAGGGUACGUGGCGUGGACCGUUCACGUUUAUCGCCUCGGCUGACCCCCAGUAUGGCCUGACAGCCGGCUGGAAUAACCCGGGUUUGCUCGACUGGACACAGGAGGUGGAGCUGACGCAGAGGGGAAUCGAGAGGAUUAAUAAGAUGAAGCCACGCCCACGAUUCCUUGUCGUUCUGGGAGAUAUGCUCGAUGCAAUGCCAGGUCGCCCGGGCCGUGAUGACCAAAAGGUUUCCUUUACGGAAGUCUUUAGCAAAGUGGAUCCUGAAAUACCUCUCGUGUUUUUACCGGGAAACCACGACCUCAGUGACAGUCCAAGCAUGGAAGACAUCAAGUUGUACCGGGACACGUUCGGCGAUGACUUUUACUCGUUCUGGGUGGGAGGGGUACGGUUUAUUGUUCUCAACAGCCAGUUCUAUGCUGACUCGAGUAAAUGCCAAGAAGCGAGGGACGAACAAGAUACAUGGCUGAAUGAGCAAUUAGAAGAUGUCCAAGCCACAGGAUGUAAACACCUUGUAGUUUUCCAGCACAUUCCGUGGUUCUUAAAGAACCCAGAGGAGGAAAAUGAGUAUUUCAAUUUGGACGUUAACUUGCGGUUGCCAAUGUUGGAGAAAUUGCGCAAAGCUGGGGUGCGCAUUAUUUUCUGCGGCCAUUAUCAUCGCAACGCUGGAGGAUUCUAUAAAGACAUGGAGGAAGUGGUGACGUCAGCCUGGGGCUUGCAGUUGGGCGAAGAUAAAUCUGGCCUACGUGUAGUCAAGGUCACGGAGGAUUCUAUUUCUCAUCAGUACUUCAGCGUGGAUGAUAUACCCCUUGAAAGUUAAUGGAAGAUGCUAGCCAAACCACCGCACGCUGCCUUACGAGCAUUGCCAAAAAAGAUGAUUUGUUUCGAGAGAAGGCUGAAGUGCUGAUGACAUCACUCUUUGUUGCCGUGUGCACUUUCCCAUCAAGUCAAGUGGGGCCUACCAUCCACAGAGCACUACUGGAAAGCACACGUAAAUGCAGUGUGGCGUCAUCGGCACAUUGGUCUGUUUGUUUUUGUGACACGAGAUAGAUUGCAUGAACUUGUUUUUGUUAAUUAAAUGGAGCGUUAUUGUAAAUAAAUUGAAAGGAAUAGGCCUAAUGGUACAUACAUAUAUAAGAUUAGGAACGUUAAUUAUUCAUUGUUUCUUUGUCGCUAGAUUUAUCACAGUAAGGUUUUGGUUAUGACCUCAUCCAACUUUUAGGAAAUAAAAAACAGAAGUUAGAACCUUCUCAUCACAUCAUCACGUGACAACUGGGUACCGACAACACAGCUCUGCAUUUUGGUUCGUGCACGGCUUAAAACCCUACAGCCCAUCACCGUUUUUUGUUGGAAUCAUUUAAGUGAGUGUAACAUUUAAAUUUCUUCCGCCAGGAAAACAAGCCAUACCAUUCCGAAAGGGUUCAGUUACCGCCCAACUCGGGGCCUGCCUUUUGUUGGCUUACAAGGAUAAAACGACUUUGCUUCAAUGUUAGUUCACGAGCGCGUUUGAAAUUAAAUGAAAUAUGAAACGCAAAGAGAAUUAAAGUCAUUCCUAUAUUUGUUUUUUAUUAUUUAGAAAAUAAGUUCUCUUAGUAUGAAAAUGCAGACUGGCCUCGGUUUGUGCUUGUUUAUCCAUUUAAUAUGUACUUCGCUUCAACUGUAAAGAUCGAUAAUAAUUGUUUAUUCUUGUUUGUGAUUGAUUCAGUAUAAGUAGUGCAGAUAUGCAGGUCCCAGUUAAAAAGCCAGAUUCAACUAUACGAUUCAUGUUGUAGAUUUCUGUUGCUGUUGAGGUCAUCGGUUUUAAAUGCUUCACCCAAACUUGUUUACCUGCAGAAUCACAUGAAAUUAUCAUGUCCUAAUUUGGCAUUGUCGACAUAAUUUCAUCAUCGAUAGCUAGUGAGCAGUAAGGGUACAAUUGUAAUACUGCAUCCAGAAAAAGCAAAGCCCUGGUCAUACUUUGUAAUAUUACGUGUCCAGACCUAACGCACAAAUUCUUAAUUCACAAAUUACAUGUUUUGAACAUAAUACCUUCAUAGUAGGCCUAUGCAUCAGAGUUUGAUUUGAGUACAUGUACGCAAGAUUUGCUAAAAAACAACGGUUGUACUGUUCACGUUAUGCCACAAUCAGAAUACGUUUUAUCAGAAUUAACAAAAUGACAGCUGCAUGAUAAAUGUAAGAAA